AUUGCUUUUGAAAUUAAAUUAAAACAAAAUAAUAAUAUAAGGCUUCAGGCUUCUGCUCUUGAUCGGUGACGUCUUCUUCUUCAAGCAGGUUCUUUUGUUGUCGCAAAAAUGGAGAAGACACGAAGGUUUUUAGUUUUAGGGUUUCUUGCGAUUGUGUUUUCAUUGUUCUUGCAUGUCGAUUCUGCUCCGAAUAUCCCCAAGAGCAGGACUGAUGAGGAGCAGAUGCCAUCUUCUCCAGUCAAACUGAAUAAAUGGAAAGACCGUGUAAUGUUGGACAACGGCAUUGUUAAACUCACAUUAUUAUCUCCAAGUGGUUUGAUCGCUGGAAUACAAUACAAAGGAGAUGAGAAUAUCCUCGAAAAUCAUUUCAAAGAAUCCAGACGAGGGUAUUGGGACAUGGUAUGGAGUAGGCCACCAGACCUCAAAAGUUAUUUCAACGAGCUUGAAGGGACAAGUUUCAAAGUUAUAGUGGAAAUGGAAGAUAUGAUCGAAAUUUCAUUCACCAGAACAUGGAAUUCCUCCGAUAGUUACUCAUACCCGCUGAAUGUCGAUAUAAGAUAUAUAAUGUUGCGUGGAAGCUCCGGUUUCUAUUCAUAUGCCAUAAAGGAACAUUUAGAACGAUGGCCAGAUUUAAAUAUUGAUGAAUCAAGAAUAGCUUUCAAACUUAACGAUGAAACAUUCAAUUACAUGGCUAUAUCAGACGACAUACAAAGGAUCAUGCCAACAGCUCGUGAUCGUACGCUAGGCCAAGUUCUCAACUAUAAAGAAGCUGUUUUAUUAACAAAUCCUGGCAAUCCAUCCCUCAAAGGCCAGGUGGACGACAAGUACCAGUACUCGUAUGACAACAAGGAUAGCUUGGUUCACGGGUGGAUUAGCACUCAACGAGACAUAGGAUUUUGGGUUAUAACACCAAGCAACGAGUUUCGUGUUGGUGGCCCAGUGAAAAAUGAUCUUACAUCUCAUGUUGGCCCGACCUCCUUAGCUGUAUUUUUGAGUAACCAUUAUGCUGGACCACGGUUUGGAGUUAGAUUACGAAAUGGAGAGCCGUGGAAGAAAGUCUUUGGGCCUGUUUUUAUAUAUCUCAACUCAGGUUCAAGUAACAAGCCAAGCACACUUUGGACAGAUGCUAAAGGACAGAUGCAAAAAGAAACCCAAAAAUGGCCAUAUGAUUUCCCACGUUCAGAGGACUUCCCUCAUUCCAUUCAAAGGGGUACCAUUAGCGGUCGAUUAUUAGUCCAUGACAAGUAUCUCAAUCGAGAAUCCAUGCCUGCAAAAUCAGCAUAUGUGGGAUUGGCUCCAAGAGGAGAUGUGGGAUCUUGGCAAACAGACACUAAGGGUUAUCAAUUCUGGAAUCAAACGGACGAAAAUGGUUACUUCACAAUAAGAGGUGUUCGAGGAGGUACUUACAGCUUGAAUGCUUGGGUCCCAGGAGUGAUGGGUGACUAUAAAUAUGAAACUGAUAUCGUCAUCACACCAGGGAGACAAAAUCAACUAGGCAAUCUUGUAUAUAGACCUCCAAGAAAUGGUCCUACCCUAUGGGAAAUCGGGAUUCCCGAUCGUACUCCCGCUGAGUUCUACGUGCCCGAUCCAGCGCCACAGUUCAUGAACCGUUUAUUUAUCAACCAAACUCAGAAGUACAGACAAUACGGAUUGUGGGAUCGAUAUACAGAUUUAUACCCCGAAAAAGAUCUAGUAUACACUGUUGGCACCAGUGAUUACAGGAAAGAUUGGUUUUUUGCUCAUGUCAACAGGAGAAGAAAUAGUACAUACAUGCCAACGACAUGGCAAGUUUCAUUUGAUUUAACAAAUGUUGUAAGGACACGAGUCUAUACACUCCAGAUAGCGCUAGCUUCUGCUACCCAUUCCGAAAUAGAAGUUCGAAUAAAUAUUCCAUUCACACCACGUCCUGACUUUACGACAAGAUUGAUAGGAAGGGAUAAUGCAAUUGCAAGACAUGGACUUCAUGGAUUAUACUCAUUACAUAGCAUAAGUGUACCAGGAUCUAAACUCGCGAAUGGAAGAAAUAUAAUAUAUCUAAAGCAAUCAAGAGGUGGUUAUCCUUUCAAUGGAGUCAUGUAUGACUACCUUCGCUUUGAAGGGCCACCGGAAGUGAGUCGGUAGACUCAUCAAUUAAUUUAGUUUUACAUGGUACAUUUUUUUGAUAGUCCUAGGAAAUAAGUGAAAAUCAUACGUUAGUUUGGAAACUCUAGAUUAAUUGGAAGAGCUACAAUUGUAAUUUUUCUUCCAUACGUGCACUGCACACAAAUUUGUUCAUUUUAUGACUUGUAAUUUGAUCUUUUAAAGUUUCAACUUUCAACAACAUGUACAAAUUUUGUAGCAAUAAUAGUAAGCAUAUGCAUUGCA